AGAAAAAGUAAGCCCAUGAACAAGGUAAGGUAGGCACAUUGAAGCAGGAAUGCAGAAAGGCAUCCGUCUGACCGAGCGUCUUCUCCGUCAGGAGCCGCAAGCCAGUGACUCGCCAUUUGGCGACUCGAGCGAAGCAUUGAGCAUGAGCAUGCCGGCAGCGGCAUCAGCCGAGGCCAUCAAUGCCGAUAGCUAUUCAUCACCUCCAGCAGCAGCACCAGCCGCCGCCGAUGACACUCCGCCUCUCGCUGCCAGCAGCAGCAGCAGCGCGUUUCAUGACGCUCAGCCGGACAGCCCCCUGCCGCCAUUAAUCGCUGUCCCCCAAUUAGUCGACAUGUCCACCGAUGCCAUCGGCCUCGAGUGGGUGCGAAAACAGUCUGACGAUCCCUACACACACUUCUGGGUUCAGGACGUGUUGGCCCUCUGCGAGCGGUACCAGAGCUUCCCGGGCGGCGGCAAGUUCGCCGUCUACGGGAUGCUCUUCGGGGUGCUCUCGCUGACGCGCCGGCAGGACGAGAAGAAGAUGAAGAAGAUCCUGCGGGACGGGCUGCAGUGCUUCGCGAGGAUCGCCAAGACCGGCAUCGAGACCACCGACAUGAGACUCGUUAUGAUCUCCUUCGUGGCUCGCAGCCGCCGCGCCAACACCGCGAGUGAGCACUACACGACUCUCUUCGAUGUGCUGGCGCAGCUGAACGGCAGCAGCAGUAGCAGCGGUAGCGGCGCCCCGAAUGAUAGUCAAAAGGGUGGGAAGGGUGUAGGUGGUGGCGGUGCUGGUGGUGGUGGUGGUGGUGGCGAGUUGGGGGUGGACGCGGCGAUGCAGGCGCUCAUGCGGAAGUGGAAGCCGUAUGACGGCAUCAAGCCCAUCAACGUGUCCGACGAGGGGCCGCUGCGGGAGUUUGCAUUCAUGCUGCUGAAGGCGUCUGAGAGCAUACCGUACCCUGACCAGGUCAGUCACGCCACGCCACGCCACGCAUGGUCCUCCCGCCCCCCUUCUCCACCCAUUCAUAUGUAUGCGUCUCUUGUGUGUGUUGUCAGAUAGCGAUUCUUCUCAACGAGAUGGCGGCCGACGCGGCGGCGCACCAGGUGCCCACGCCCCAGCAGCUGCCCGCCGACGAGAAGGAGAGGAAGGAGAUGAUGUUCAUGUCCGACCUCCGCCGCCUCCAGUGGUGCGCCCUUAAGGACCAGAUGCUCCUCCUCAUGCUGCUGCACGCACGGUGCCAGCCGGAGGACGCCGACCCACCGCGGCAGUGGUCGCAGCGCACCUACCUGCAGCACCGGGAGCUGGUCUGCACGCCCCUGGUGCACGCCUACCAGCAGGCCAUGCAGCCCAAGAUCGAGGCCGCCGCCCAGAUUUGGGCGAAUGACUUCUGUGAGGGCGUGGCGCAGAUCGACCGGAUUCUGAGGGUCAUGGGGCACGAGGCGGAGAGCCUCGAGGCGAUGCCGCUCAAGCGGAAGCUGCGGUGUCUCACGGGGUUCUUCCGCGACUGCGUCAUCAACCCCGAUUGGAUGCCGCUGUGCGGGGACCUGCACUUCGACAGCAAGGAGGCCAUCGAUGAGAUCGUCUUCAUCGUCAAGGUCGUGCUGCUGACCGCUCUGCAGAUGGACCUGGUGAGCGGACAUGCAUGCCGCCCCCGGACUGUCUGUCCCGCCUCCAUGUGCCCUCUGUGUCUGUGUGUGUGUGUAUGGCGUUGUCAGGAUGGCACGGACGGUUCGUUCUUCCUGCCGAGCGCCAUCCCCCGCCGCCCUUCCCUCGACGUCAAGGCGGCCAUGCUCACACACGUGCCACCCGCACCCGAGGGCCAGCCAGGACCGUCGGGGAGCUCCUCGUCCUCGGCAUCGGCAUCGGCAGGCCCCUCCCCCGAAGGCGGCAGCAGCAGCAGCAGCAAGAGUGGCCUCACCGUGUCGAUCCUCUUCCCUCACGCCGCGGCCCCCAUAAUGAAGGACUACCUCGACAGCAACCCGCCUCCAUUCUUCCUCAUUCUCGGGGGCAUCCUCGCGACCCUCUUCGCCGUGCCCCGCAAGGGCAACGAGGAGACCAUCCGCAACGUCCUGCGUGAGGGGCUCAAGGGCAUGCUCGACACCCAGAUGACCGACUUCACCUCCGCCGCCAUGGAUGCUUCUCUCAUCACUCUGACCAAGCUGCUGUGGGAGCGGCUGGACGUGCCGAAGUCCGACCAGGCUUUGGCUCAGUCCCUGGUGCACGGUGAGUACCAGCUGCUGGCCCACAUGAAGGAGGGCGAGCGCACGGACGCCGACAUCACCGCGGCCAUGGACCGCAUCAUGUCGGUGUCGUGGAAGCCGUCCACUGGCGAGACGGAGGUGGAGAGGCGGCUGAAUGAGCGGUUUGAGCAGACCAAAGGCGGCGUUGCGCCCGUUGACGUAGAGGAGAUCGUCGAGCAUGAGCUGACGGUGUUUUCGUCAUUCGCUGAGGAGGUCAACAAGAACAAGGCCAUCGCCGCACUGGCCGAGCGGGAGGGCCGCCAGCAGAAAGGCAAACCGAUGCGCGAGAGGGAGGAUGAGUUCUGCAGGUGAGUGUGUGUGUGUGUGUGUGUGACACACUGAGAUAGAUGCAUCCCUCUCUCCGUAUGUGCGCAUCUCUCUGUGUGUGUGUGCAGCCGUCUGGUUCACCUGGAGCAGCAGAGCAUCAAGUCCGAGGUAGUUUUCGCCCUCUUUGCCCUCGCCAAGGCCCAGCCGCCCGACGCCACGCCAGCCCACCAGUGGUCCCCCGCCACCCACAUGGCCAAGCGCACCAUCGCCAUGCAGCCCGUCUCAGAGGCCUACCAUGCCGCCGUCGAGUCGCACCUGGUCCCCGCCACCAAAGACCUUAACGCCACGCGCAAGACGGCCUACCUCGAGAUGGUGGGGUGGACUGAGGCCGACAUGCGCAAGAGAACCGAGGCCGAGAAGGAGGACGCGCUGGUGAGCUUCUUCCGCGACUGCCUCACCAAUUGUGGUCAGGAGUGCAAGGACAAGCUGGACUUCAACACGCACACGCCGUGGGCGAUUGUGACGUCGCUGCGGGCACUGCACCAUGACAUACUCACCAAGGUACCUUCCUUGUGGGCUGGAGGGGCUGAGGAGUCAUGUGCCUCAUGUGUUGCCGCCGUGUGUGUGUGUGGCUGAAAGGUCAAUGCGACGAGCGAGUACUGCUUCCAGCACUCUGACCCAGCAGACGACCAGGGCUACCAAGUAAAGGCGGACACAGACAGACAGACAGACACCUUUUGUCCACACGUCACCACACCAUAUAUAUGUCUCUGUCUGCGUGUCUGUGCAGCGCAUCAAGACGUUGUUAGGUUUCCAGGACGACAACCGCCACGUGCGCACUUACAGGGUUAAGGAGCAUCUUGUCACCGUCAAGGGCAGGCUGCUUGAGCGGCUCGAGCACCAAGCGGCCAACUUCGCCUCUCCCGACGCCAACGUCAACGACAAGAAGCUCGAGGCGCUCAAGCGCAAGAUCAUCAAAUACAAAGCCGAGCUCCACACCCUCAUCAAGGACAGAGGUUCGUCCGUCGCGUGACUCACCCACACCCUCCCUCCCUCAGGCCAACCUUGGUGUGUCUGUGCGCAUGGAUGUCUGCAGAUGCGGCAGCGAAGCGGUUGAGCGGCGAGGCAGCGUCCGACGAGGAUCUUCUCGACCAUGCCCGCGCGAACGACCCUCGCCGCAAAGGGUUGGUCGAGCGCAUGCGGGACAAGCACGAGCGCAACACGCGGCGCCGCGAGCGUCAGCAGCGGCGGCAGGAACGGCCUGUCGACCCCGACAAGGAGCGGCAGAUUCAGGAGCGGCGCCUGGCUGAGGAGGCCAAGGCGCGGAAGGCCGAGAAGGAGCUGCUGCGGAUGAUCGGCGAGCACGUCAGCGACACUGACAAUGACAUUGACCAGCCUCAGGGGGCAGGACCAGCAGCAGCAGCGGCAGCGGCAGCAGCUGGCAAGUCGAAGAAGCGCAACAAGCGAAAGGGCGGCGGCAAGGCGGGAGGGGCCUCAGCCGCUGACGCCGAUGGCGAUGGUGUCGAUGCUGCCGAUGUCGCUGAUGUCGCUGAUGCCGGUGAUAGUGGUCAGCCGCCAUCCAGCAGCAGCGAGCCGUCGGCCGCACCACCGGUGUCACGCACUGCUGCUGCUGUAGCUGAUGGCCUGGCUGACAUGGUGGUGAUCCCAUCGUCCAUCAUUGACGUGAUGCCACCAGCAUCGCGCGGGCGGCCGGUGAUUGACAUACACGGCAUCGACUAGAUGAUUGAGUAAGAGAGGGAGGGAGGGAGGGGGGUAUAGGGGAGGGGCAACACGCCACGCAGUCUUGCUUGGUUGCUUGCUUGGUGGCUAAGGUCCAGGUCCGUGUGGUUGCUGCUGCGCGUGUGAUGUGUGGGGCGUGCCACAUGUGGGUGAGAGAGGUCUAGUGAAUUGCAUGUCGGUAGAGAGAGGUCUAAGGAAGGCUUUUUGUUGUCAACCCAUUUGAUCGAUGCGUGUGAUGCGCGACGAAGGCAGAGGUGUCCUGCUUAACUUGAGAGACCGUCACGUGAACAUGUGGAAGCGAUUGAGCCUCAUCUUUUACUUACGAGCGGCGGACACACACGAGUGACAGAGUCACAUGUCAUGCUUCAAAAGUCAUGCACGCAC